CCCCGCGGCCCCGGAGCCCCUGCACCGCGGCGGCGGCGGUGGUAGAGGAAACAGCGGCAGUCCGGGUCCCGCACUCGACCAGCGCCCAGGGCUCGGUGGGCGGAGGGUCGGCCUCGGUCAGGAAGUCCUUUUGUGCUAUUGCUCAUUCGUACUGGUUCAUCAAGGCCAUUGAGUCCUCAAGGGCAGAAUUUACCACUAAACUGAAAAAUGGAAACUAAAGUACCUUUAUUCUGCCAGGCAGAAGAAAAUAUCAAUUUAUCACAUAAUGGCUGUAAUUCAUUUGCAGCCAACUUGCCGUCAAGACAUACUGACAACAAGAAAAAUGUCAAGUUUUCUAAAACAACGCAGAAGAGAAUGUCACAUGAAAUUAGGGGUUUGAGACUAGAACACAAAAAAAUGAAUGAAACAACAAUAUUCCUAUGUGGAGAAGAAAAAUCCUCUAAUUUUUCAGGAGAAAAAAAGCUCAAGAGAAAGAAAAGUUUACAAGGACAAUUGCAUACUAAAAGAACUGAGAUUGCCUCUUCCUCAGUGAAGCUGUCGAAGGAAAAGAUGACUAGGGAAGAAAACUCUUUAUUCAAGUUGCCGAAUCAGUACAGUGUUCAUAAGACUUUAUCACCCUUUUGUACAUCUUCCUCAAUUAUUCGGAAAAGGGAAAUGAUUUCUAGCCUCUACAAGACAUUAUAUAACGAAGUACCUCAAGGAGACUUACACUCACAAGAAUUAAGUGCACUUCAGAAGGCCUGUAAAAUUUUCAGCAAAAUUCAAAGUGGUAAGAUUUAUGUGAAUGAUCUGCCAAUGAUCCAUCAUACCUUGAAGAUUUUUAUAAGUGAUUCAGAAAUGCAAAAGGCACUAAAGACUAUUGAUAUUGAUGUUAAUGGAAUGCUGGACUUUUCAGAUUUCCUUAAGGCUGUGAACGAUGUUUGUUAUUUGGUCUCUCAGGAUCCAGCAUUCCAAAAUGCCUUGAAGAUUUUCUGUAGGAUAAAAGGUGGUCGAGUUGCAACUGAUGAACUGGCUACUGUUUUGGAUAGCAUGGAUAUCCCCGUAAUCCCUGAAACUUUUCAGGAAGUGAUAAAACAUGCUAGUAUAGACAGUAACCACAGGGUGGAUAUUAGAGAUAUUAUAUUUACUUUGGAUGAACUACAGCACCAGUAUGAGGAUUUUUCAAUUAUGGAAUGGUCAGCCUUGGAUGAAUCUCCUUCUCACAGAAAGUUAUCAAAAAUAUCAGAAUGCUAUCUACAAUAUAGGAAGAAAAGCACUUUAACUUCCAGGCUGUUUGAACCAUCGUUAUUCCCAAAGUUAAAUAGAAAAAACCUCCAACAUCAUAAAAUUAUGGAGGACAAUGAUCACCUUGAAUUUAAAAGAUCAAAAAAUCCUUUGCAAAUAAAAAAAUUCCUAAAUGGGGUUGAUAGCAGUAAUACAGGAUUCCAGGAACCAUAUUCAAAGGAUGGCAUAAACUUUAAGAAAUAUUCAGAGAAGAUUGAAAUUCAUGACUCAAAGUCUAUACCACAUAACUUGAAGAGUAUUACAAGCCUCAAAAAGUCUCUGGAUAAAAGUGAUACUUUUAGUAUCCCCAAACUUCAGAAGCCAACUCUGAGAAGGCAUUCCAGCCCCCUAAAACAGGUUUCAUUAAAGGAAAAAGCUACAACAAAUGCUCUGGAAAACAUCUGUGAAGCAAUCAGUAAGCUCCAAGAAAAUUACAUCGCUGCAGAAGAACUUAAGUCCAUUUUGCCUUCAAUAGGAAUUACUUUAUCAGACAAAGUGUUCAAGAAGAUUGUGACAGACACUACUCAAAAUGAAAGUGGAAUGGUGAACUUAGAUGACUUUAUGAAUGCUCUCGCCAUAGAGCAAAGUCUUCCUGAAUAUGAUGUGUUGACUGAUAUCAUUAAAGCCAUUGAUAAAAUUAAAGAUGAAAAUAUGGAUUAUGAGGAUCUGAAUACUUGUCUUCAGGAUUUUGGAGUUUACCUUUCUAAGCCAGAAUUUGAGAAGAUCACAGAGUUGACUGAAGCUAAUGAAACAAAAAAGGCGAAUUUUAAAGAAUUCAUUGAUAUAAUGAUGAACAAUACGGAACGCUUCUCUGAAAAAUUAUCAUUGCCUGAGACUAUUGAAAACCUCCACAAUCUCAGCAAAGAAAAGAUGAAUGCUUCUCACCUAUGGAACACUCUGUCCAGGAAGAAUAAUAACUUGAAAAAAAAAGAAUUCCUAGGUGCACUGAAAUUAGCAAUAAUUGAUGAAGAUGAUGAAGUACAAAUAGAAGAAUUUGGAAAAGUGGUAAAGGAUAUGCGUAAUGCCUCCAGGUUAAAAGAGUUACAGGACAUUGUCUUAGCUCUUGAUGUGCUUGAAGGUGAUAUGAUACCUGGGAAGAACUUGGAGAGCUUUCUAAGAAAUAUUGGGAUUAAGUCACCUGAAGAAGAGGUAGAGAAAAUUCUUCAAUCAGAUUUUGUUUCUGAUGACAACAUCGUGAAUGUUAAAGACUGUAUGAAGGCUUUGAAGGACAACCAGAAAUUUUCCAAUUUUCUUGCAUUGAAUGACAUCAUCAAUUCAUUGGACUCUAUGGAAGAAAGUGAUCAAUCUGAUAAGGACAAAUAUGCAGGUGUACUUGGAAAUGCCAAUAGAAUUUAUUUCACUGAUGAUAGUCUUCAAGAAAUACUGGAUGAUUCCUUUGGUGAGGAUUUUAGGAAAGAAGCUUUGUCUUCAAAUCUGAGACUACCAAAAGCAGAUGAGAUUAAAGAAGCUGCUCGUAUCUUGUCAAGUGUUGAUAAUGGCAAGAUUGGUAUACCUAACUUGGAACGUGCCCUGGAAAGUUUGAAUGUUAAUUUGACUGAGGAGGACAUCAGUGAAGCCCUUAAAUGUUGUGACAUCAGUGAUAAUAAGGAGGUGAAUUUAAAAGAUUUCUUUGAAAGAAUUAAAGAAAGUCCACACUUCAAAGAGUCCAUAGCUACACAGCUACUCUUAGCUACUACCCAAAUUCUCCAGAAUGAUCUAAUUGAUGCCUCUGAACUCAAAGCAUUAUUGAUGAACAAUGACUUUUAUGCAGCUAAUGUUUUACUUAAUGAAGUAUUAAGACAUGAACCUGAACCUGAAAAUGGCAAGAUUACCAUUCAAGAAUUUUUAACUAAGUUCUGCAAUACAUUGAGAAUUCCUAAAGUCACAGGAGAUAAAAGUCAAUUUUACAACAUCAACAUUCACAAAAAUGAAAUUACAGCCAUUCCUGACCUUCAGCAAAAUUUAAAUGUCAUCGGAAUCUAUCUAACAGAUGAUAAAAUAAAGGAGGCUUUGGAUAAUACUAAUCCUAUUGAUGAAGUGGUGAAUUUUAAGGAUUUUAUCACAGCAUUGAACAAUAGUGAUGAAUCUAUCGAGUGCCAAAAAAUAGAAGAUGCAUCUAACAUUGUUAAUAGUGUCUUUGAUGGGAAAGUUGAAGUUAAAGACCUUUUAUCUGCCUUGGAGAGUCUGGAGAAACUUUUAAGUAAAGAAAAACCUGAGGCGUUACUGAACUGUGCAACAGACGAAAAUAAAAAGACUGUAAAAGAUAUAAUUGAUGUUUUCACUAAUUCAUCAAAACCAUCAACACCAUUCAACAAUUUAUUUAAAGAGAUUACAACUCUUGAUAAGAUCAGAAAUGAUAAGAUGCCUGCAAAUGAACUGAGCUUCCAACUCUUGAGUGCAGGAAUUCCACUAAGCAACAAGACAUUCCAGGAGAUUCUGGGUCAAGCAUCUAUUGAUGAAAACAGUGAAGUAAGUCUGAAACAAAUUUUGGAGGCUUUGAACACAAAUAAGCCAGCUCCUGAAUUUGAAGAUUUAUCUACUGCCCUCCAGACUGUCAACUUGAUGGACUGCAACAAAAUUCAAAUUAACAACUUGCAAGAUGCUUUUGAUGACCUCAAUGUUUCUGUAAAGCCUGAAGAAUACCAGAUGUUAGAGAAAACGCUUGAUGUUGAUGAAAGGGGAGAUGUUUCCCUAAAGACUGCCCUUUUAGCAUUGAAGAGCAAUAAGCGUUUGCAAGAUUUUAGAGAGGUUAAUGAACUUGCAAAUGCCUUAAACAAAGUCACCAGUGAAAAAGUUGAUGUUGAUGAAGUGAAAUCUAUACUGAAAGGCCUGGGGAUUUAUUUCCCAGAGGAAGAAUUACAGGAGGUGCUUACAUCCAUUCCUCUUGAUAACGAGGGGAAAGUGGACUUAAAAGAUUGUCUGACUCAGUUAAUGAAAAUGCCAUAUUUUACAAAAGUUUCAAAAAAAGAAGGCCCCCUGAAAGCUCUGGCUGCCAUUAGGAAAAAUGUGGUCAGUCCUGAUGACCUAGGCUCCAUUAUGAAAUAUAUAGACAUUCCAUUACCUGAAGAUGUGCUUCAAAGAUCACUGCAGAAUGUGACUCUCACAGAGGAUGGGAAAGUGAAUUUAGAAGAGUUUGUGGGCAAUUUAAUCAAUUCAGGAUUUUCACCUCUACCUGAAAGAAGUAGGGUUGAUGAUAGCAACCUAGGCACUUUUCCAGGAAACAUGAGGAUGGAUAUGUCAGCUGAUAAAAAAGUGAACAAGAAGAAUGGGAUAAGAGAUAGGCGGUCAUCUACUGCUAAAGGGAAGACUGAUCUGAAAACACUGAUGGAUACAGUGCAAGAUAUUACAGGAGGAGAAGUUGACUUCAGUGAGCUGGAUAAUGUCCUGCAAAAAAUGGGGAUAGAGCCCUCACAUAAAGAACACUUGGAGCUAAAUAAGUCACUUCCAGUUAAUGCUAGUAUAAAUGUAUAUAAAAAUAGGUUGCUGACUUGUCCAAAAGAUAUAAUAGGGUUGCAGGUUGAUGACCAUGACCUUGACUCUAUUCUUGAAAACAUGGCAAUCAAACUUACAGCUGAGGAACUUAAUGAUCUUACUCCAACUCUACCAGUUGAUGCUAAUGGGAAGUUUGGUGUCAGUAUCUUAACAGAUGGAAUGGAUGGAGUAAAAGCUAUUAGAGGAAAGGUUGAUGUCAAUGACUUGAAAAAAGUUCCAGGAAACGUGGGGAGAGAACUCAAAGAUAAGAAACAUGGGGAGUUGGUGAACAAUCUGCCAAUCAAUGGAGGGAAGGUUAAUGCGAGUAAUUUGGAGAGCAUUCUGGGGGAAAUGAGGAUUAAGCUUCCAGAAAAGGAACAGGAAAAACUGACAGAAAACCUGCUACUUAAUGGAGAGAUUAUUGAUGUCAAUAAAGCAGAUGCUCCUUUGCAAAAUAUGGGGAUGAGCCUUUCAGAAAAGGAAAUUAAUGAUCUGAAACAUGAUCUACCAGUUGAUGUUCAUGGGAAGGUUGAAAUGAAAAAGCAUAUGGAUGGAAUAAAACUUUUUACAGGGCAGACUUGUUCCCAGAGCAGAAUGUUGGAUAAUGUGAAAUCCAUUAAAGGAGGAAAGGUUAAGGUGAAUAACCUGGACACUGUCCUGGAAAACCUGGGAAUCAAGCUCACACAAAAGGAACUUGAAGGUGUAACAGAAAAUCUGCCACUUACUGCUAAUGGGAAGGUUGAGCUCAGCACAUUGAUGGAUGCAGUGACUGAUGUUACAGGAGGAGAGGUUAAUGUCAGCGAUAUUGAAAGUAUUCUGGAAAAAACUGGGAUAGAGCUCACAGAGGAGGAGUGCUUGGAACUAAAGAAGUAUCUGCCAGUUGAUGCUUUUGGAAAGGUGUACCAAAAUAGGUUGAAGGAUGGUGUGAAAACCCUUAAAGCUGCUGGAAAGGUGUAUCAGAACAGAUUGCUGGAUGGUGUGAAGUCUAUAAAAGGAGGAAUGGUUAAAAUCAAUAACUUAGACAAUGUUCUGGAAAACCUGGGAAUUGAACUCACAGAAAAGGAACGUGAAGGUCUGACAGAAUAUUUGCCACCUGAUGCUAAUGGGAAGAUUGGUCUCAAAAACUUGAUGGAAGCAGUGGAAACUGUUACAGGAGGAGAGGUUGAUGUCAGUGAUGUGGGAAAUGUCCUGGAAAACAUAGGAGUAACUGUCACAGAUAAGGAAUGUGGAGAACUGGUAAAAAAUCUGCCAGUUAAUGCUAAUGGGAAAGUCUACAAGAGUAGGUUGCUGGAUGGUUUGAAGUCUCUUAAUGGAGGGAUUGUUAAUGUCAAUAAACUUGGUUCAGUUUUGAAAACCAUGGGAUGGAAACUCACAGAAGACGAAAUUAAGGAUCUCAAAUGCAACCUGCCCACUGAUGUAUAUGGAAGAGUUGCAAUGAAAAAGUUGUUUGAUGGAUUAAAAGCUUCUGCAGGAAAAAAGAUGAAUGCGCAACAUGUACCAGAUUUUGUGAGCAAUUUGGGUGUUGAGCUAACAGAUAAAGAACAAAAGAGGCUGCUGAAGAAGCUUCCAGUUGGUGGAGGGAAGGUUAAAAGAAGUCAAGUCAAUACUGUUCUAGAAAACAUGGGAAUCGAGCUCACAGGAAAGGAGCUUCAGAGUCUAACAGAUAACCUAUCAGUUGAUGAUGAUGGAAAGUUGUAUCAAAAUAGGAUAUUAGACGCUAUGAAGUCUUUAAAAAGAGGAAGAGUUGGUAUAAAAAACCUGAUACCUCUUCUGGAAAAAAUGGGUAUCAAGCUCACUGAAAAAGAACUUGCACAACUGAAAGAAAAUCUACCUGUUGAUGCUAGUGGAAAAGUUGAUCUGAGUAAAGUGAUGGAUGGAGUGAAAGCUGUUACAGGAGAAAAGGCUGAUCUCAAUGAUGUGAAAACUGUUCUGGAAAACAUGGGGAUAGAGCUCAAAGAUAAAGAAUGCUUGGACCUGAUGAAACAUCUUCUUUCUAAGGAUGAUGACAAGAUCUUUCAAAACAGGUUGCUAGAAGUUGUGAAGUCUCUAAAAGAUGGGAAAGUCAAUGUCAACGACUUGGAUGCUAUACUGGAUAAUAUGGGAAUCAAGAUCUCAGAUAAGGAACUUAAGGUUCUGACUAAAAAUCUCCCUGCUGAUGGUGAGAAGAUUGAUUCUAGUGACUUGAAAAAUUUCCUGGGAAGCCUGGGGAUUAAGCUCACAGAUAAGGAAAAAGAGAAGCUGCUGAAAACACUGCCAGUUGAUGCUGCUGGAAAGGUAUAUCAAAAUGGGUUGCUGAAGGCUGUGAAAUCUCUCAAAGGGGGGAAGGUUCGUGCAAAUGACCUGGAAAACACUCUAAAAAAACUGGGAAUUGAGCUCACAGAAGAGGAACUUACAAAGCUGUCAGAAAACCUACAAAUUGAUGCUAAUGGGAUGGCUGGUCUGAAAGAGGUGAUGGAUGGAGUAAAAGCUACUACAGGAGGAGAGGUUGAUGCCAAAGACGUGAAAACUAUUCUGAAAAACAUGGGAAUAGAGUUCACAGAUAAGGAACGUUUGAAGCUGAUGAAAAAUCUGCCUUUCAAUGAUGAUAACAAGGUCUUUAAGAACAGAUUGCUAGAAGGUGUGAAGUCUCUUAAAGGCGGGAAGGUCAAUAUCGACAACCUGGACACCAUUCUGAACAACCUGGGGAUCAAGCUUGCAGAUACUGAACUUAAAGAUCUGGCUGAAAACAUGCAUGUUGGUGUUGAUGAGAAAAUUCCUCUAGAAACACUGAUGGAAAACAUCACAGAUUUUACAGGUGAGAAGAUUGAGUCAAGUGAUCUAAAAAAUGUUCUGAGAAAUCUCGGAAUUGAGCUUGCAGAUAAGGAACUAGAGAAGAUGCUGAAAAUACUGCCAGUUGAUGCUAAUGGAAAGUUAUAUCGUAAUAGAUUACUGAAGGCUAUGAAGUCUCUCAAUGAUGGGAAGAUGAAAAAGAAUAAACUGCAUACUAAUUUGGAAAAUAUGGGAUUGAGACUCACAGAAGAGGAAUUUGCUGAAUUGUCAGGACAACUACAAGUUGAUGCGAAUGGGAAUGUUGAUCUGCCUAACUUGAUGGAAGCAGUGAAAGCUAUUACAGGGAAGGUUGACAUCAAGAACCUGGAAACUGUUCUAGGCAACAUGGGAAUCAAGCUCACUGACAAGGAACUUGAAGAUCUGAAACAAAACCUGCCUGUCAGUGUUGGUAAUAAAGUUGCUCUGAAAACUUUGAAGGAUGAAGUGAAAGCUUUUACAGGAGAAAAGAUUGAUUCCAGUGACCUACAAAAUAUUCUGAAAGACAUGGGGAUUGAGCUUACAGAUAUGGAGCACAAGCAUCUGCUGAAAACACUGCCCAUUGAUGCUCAUGAAAAGGUGUUUCAAAACAGGUUGCUGAAGGAUGUGAGAUAUAAUAAAAGAGGGAAGGUUGAUGUAAAUAACCUGGAUCCUGUUUUAGAAGCCAUGGAGGUCAAGCUUACAGAACAGGAACUCAGUCUGAUAAAGGAUCUUCUGAGUGGCUAUAAGAAAGUUGAUCUGAAAAACCUGAUGGAUAAGGUAGAAGCUGUUACAGGAGAGGAAGUUGAUAUCAACGACAUAGGAACAGUUCUAAGAAACAUGGGAAUAGAACUCACAGAUAAAGAACUCUCACAACUGGUGAAAAAUCUGCCAAUUGAUAAUGGAAAGGUCUACCAGAGAAGGUUGCUGGAUGGUAUAAAGUUUCUUAAAGGAGGGAAGAUUGACUCCAGUAAAGUGGAUGCAGUUUUGGGAAACAUGGGCAUGGACCUCACUGAAAAGGAGCUUAAAGACAUAACACAAAACCUGCCAGUUGAUGUUAAAGGUAAAGUUGAUCUAGAAAAGCUGAUGAAUGAAGUAAAAUCUUUUUCGGGAGGCAAAGUUGAUGCUAAUAAACUUGAAAGUAUUUUGGAAAACUUGGGGAUUGAGCUCACACCUAAUGAACGUUUGAAUUUAGUGAAGACACUGCCACUUAAUGCUGAUGGAAAAGUGUAUCAAAAAAGGUUGAUGAAGGGCAUAAAGUCUCUCAAACAUCUGCAAUUUACCAAGUAAACCAAGUAGUUUCCUGUACUAAAAUUUGGCAGAAAGUGUUAAACUUUCUUGGAUUUUCCUAACUCAGCCCCAAAGAAACAAAAUAAAAACACAA